AUGCAAACCGAAACAUCUGUGUCGCACUCAGCUAUCGGAUUUGCUGCUGUCGCCGCUCUGAUUGGAACCUGGGCGCUGGUGGAUACCUACAAAAAGAGUCGACAACUCCCGCUCCCCCCAGGUCCUCCCGAAAAGUCAUGGAUUAGCGGGAACGCGCUCGAUAUGCCUCAGUCCCACUUGUGGUUAAAGUUUACGGACUGGGCCAAGCGUUACGGCGAUAUCACCCACGUACGGGUCCACACAAAUCAUAUCGUACUUUUGUCCUCUUACGACGCGGUCGUGGACCUGUUUGACAAACGAGGCUCAAUUUACUCCCACCGCUCGGAAAGAGUAAUGAUGGCGAUGAUGGGCUGGCAGCACGUCAUGUCUUCUGAGCCAUAUGGCGACCGCUGGAGAGCAUAUAGGCGCCAAGCCAAUUCUGGCUUCAAUAAAAAAGCGGUUGUUAAGUAUCAAGAUGGACAGACCAGAGACGUACACGUAUUCUUACAAAGGCUGCUUUCCGACUCUGAAAACUUUAUUUCCCAAAUUAAAUGGUUGGCAGGAUCCAUCAUCAUGCGUACCACAUAUGGCUACAAGGUUCUCGAAACAAACGAUCCCCAUAUCACCAUUGCAGACGACGCACUUGCCUCGCUGGAGUUCACCGGCGUGGCUGGGAACUAUAUUGUUGAUAGUUAUCCAUUCCUCCGACACCUGCCGACUUGGCUUCCUGGAAUGAAUUUCAAGAAGCAAGCUGAAGAAUGGAGUAAGUAUCCUGCACGAAUGGCGCAAGAGCCGUUUGAUUGGACCAAACAGCAAAUGAGGACAGGUCAGGCUGUACCUUCCUUCCUCUCAGGUCUCCUCGAACAAAACAAGGACGGUCCGAGUGGCGAGGAUGUUAUCAAGUGGACUUCGGCGUCCAUGUAUAGUGCCGGCGCUCAUACUACUGUGGGAACCAUUAGCAAUUUUCUCUUGGCCAUGAUACUUUACCCCGACGUACUUCGUAAAGCGCGAGAGGAGGUUGACAGGGUCGUCGGGACUGAAAGGCUCCCGCUCAUAUCGGACCGAGCUGACUUACCAUAUAUAGAAAGUGUGUUACUAGAAACGCUCAGAUGGUAUCCCGUUGCGCCUUUAGCUAUACCUCACCGUAUUCUGCAGGAUGAUGAGUAUCGGGGUUACCGUAUCCCUGCCGGAAGUACGCUUAUAAGCAAUAUCUACGCGAUCACUCGAGAUGAACGCAUUUAUCCGGACCCAGAAAACUUUAUUCCUGAACGCUUUGAUGCCAACCAACCUGGUCCCAGUCCCCCUAACCCACGAGACUUUGUUUUCGGAAUAGGUCGACGUAUUUGCCCAGGGAACCACAUAGCGGACGCAUCUGUCUGGUUGGCGAUAGCCAAUUUGGUCGCAACAAUGGACAUUAGCAAAGCCUGUGACAGUAAUGGUGUGCCUAUCGAACCAGUGCCGGAAAGGUGCUCUGGCUUUGUGUGCCAAUUACGACCAUUUCCAUGCUCCAUCAAGCCUCGCUCCGAAAAGGCUGUUCAGCUAAUUAAUUCCGCUGUUAUGUUUGAGCACGAGUAG